AUGUUGCCUUGGACAGAGAUCAAGGCUGCUGAUGAUAGCGUUAGAUCCUGGUUCUCCAUGCAUCUGUCAUCCUCUUCCUUUUCAUUGUUUUCUUGGCUUACACUCGCGUCAACAGAGUCACAGACGACCCCCCAAUCACAGCCGACUGCAUCACUUCUGGACAAAGAUCCUAUGCAAGCCGAGGAAGAUACACAGGCCGAAGAAGAUACAGCUCAUCAGGCUCAUCAGGGCCUCCGCAAUGCAGACCAGGAGCCUCCUAAAGGAAAAGAUAUGGAAUCGAAGCACAUCGGACAGCGACAAAAUGACUGCACACCUGAAUCUGAAUCCGAGUCUGAGACUGAACUCGAGAGCGUGACAGCGAAUUCCAGUCAAAAAUGCAAGCGGUUACCAAAAGAUGAAGGGGAUGGAGAGGAGGACGAGGAGGAGAAAGAGCAGGAUUCAGAGAAAGGCAAUGAGAGCGAUGGUGAGCGGUGA